UGCUGGUAGGCUAUGUGAUCUGUCCCUAACUCCAUUCUCUAUUUUUGCGCUUCCUUGUGCUGCCAAGCCACUGACGUAAUGCUUCGUGUUAAUUAUUAGCAUGUGGAAAGCAAUGCCGAGACUCUCCUCUGGUAAAACAAGAGUAGCCUAACUGUAGGGAGAAAGUUAGUCAAGAUGGCAAAACACACAGAUCCGGAGUGGCAGCGCUCCCCACAAUUUUAAAUCUUGUUGCGCUCGUCCUGCGACGAACACCACCCAUGCAACUUUGCCUAGAAGUCUAAGGGCGAUCCCUGCGGAAAAUGCCAACCCUGGUGUGACAGGCAGGAGGAAAACUGACUCCCGUCUGAUAUUUACCCCCCCACCCCAGAUGCACCUUGGAGAGCACCUUGUCAUCACCCCCCUAAGGCUCAAGCUCCACCUGACAUCCUAAAAACCAGCAGGAUGCUAUGCCACUUGAACUGAGUGCACCGGCUCCAACCCUCUCAACAACCGAAACAGGACCAGAGAAGAGGACAACCAACCGAAACAAGUGAAAGGAACACAUAAGGAACAUCCAGGUCACCAAGUCCUCCCAAGUUGAACUCUUCUCUCACGGCACCCACCGGGGGAGGGGGUUAUACUAACUGGUCUCACCAUUCUGCCGGGUGCGUGCCCACAGACCAUGAUGUUUCGUGACCAGGUGGGCGUCCUGGGCAGCUGGUUUAAGGGGUGGAAUGAGUGCGAGCAGACAGUGGCUUUGCUGUCGCUGCUAAAGCGGGUGUCACGGACCCAGGCACGCUUCCUGCAGCUGUGUCUGGAGCACAGCCUUGCAGAGUGCACCGAACUCCACGUGUUGGAGGGGGAGGCCAAUAACCCAGGGUUGAUCAGUCAGUGGCAGGGCGAGCCCAAGGAACGCGUCAUCUCCCUGGUCCUCAGCCACCUCCCUCUGCUGAAGCCAGGCAACGUGGAAGCCAAGGGCGAGUACAUGCGCCUCCUCCCCCGCAUCCUGGCACACACCAUCGAGCACGGCCGCCACCUGGAGGAGUCGCGCCAGCUCCUGUCCUAUGCCCUCAUCCACCCGGCCACCUCGUUGGACGACCGCGCCGCCCUCGCCCUCUGGCUCAACCACCUGGAGGAGCGAGCCGCCGCCCGGGGCGACUCGUUGGAGCGGCCGCCCCCAGCCCCGGCCUCGCACCACCAGACGCCCCCGUCAACCCUCCCCUCAUCAGGUUCCGGAUCGGGCUCCGGUGGCGGGCAUCUGGGUCACCUUUACCACCACCAGCGCUACGGCUCGGACGACCGGCUCAAUGGCUGGCAGGGGUCCAGGGACUCAGGGUUGGGCAGUGGUUGGCACCAGCAGCAGGGGCAAGGAGGAGGGUGUGAGAACGGUGGGCACCUGGCGCUCUACCCGUCCUCCUCGGUGCCCGGGAGUAUCAACACAGUGGGCACGGGCGGCAGCAGCAACACCAUCCUGUCCGGUGGCGGGCAGCACAGUCCCCUGAAGCGCUCGGUGUCCCUCACCCCCCCGAUGAGCGGCGGCGGCUCAUCGGCCGGCUCCUCGUCCACGGCGGGCGGCCACGCCCUGGGGCUGGGUCACGGCUGGCUCUCCCAGGAAGACCUGCGCGGGCCACGGGGGAGCGGAGGAGGGGGGCUGGCUCCCGCCGACCCUCACCACGCACCCCUCUCCCCCCAGAGCAGCGUAGCGUCGUCGGGCAGUGGUGGAAGCGAGCACCCGGAGGACGGAGGUCUUGUAGGAGGAGGAGGAGGCUGCUGUGGAGGAGGAGGGGGAGGCUUGCACCGCGGGAAUACGUUCCAUGAAGAGGGGAGCGGCAUGAGGGUUUUUCCCCUAGAUUAUUGUCCAGGCAUGGCGCAAAGGCCCCCAAAGCAACAUCCAGGCCCUCUGGGGGCCAGCAGAGUUGGGCAGGGGGGCUCGUCCCAGCUAUACAAUGAUGUGCCGGCCUGGCUGAAAAGCCUUCGUCUCCACAAGUAUGCAUCGCUCUUCUCCACUAUGACGUACGAUGAGAUGAUGUCACUGACAGAACAGCAGCUGGAAUCCCAGAAUGUCACCAAAGGGGCACGUCACAAGAUAGUGAUCAGCAUCCAAAAACUGAAGGAGCGCCAGAACAUGCUGCGAUGUCUAGAGAAGGACGUGUUGGAGGGGGGUAACCUGCGAGCCCCUCUGGCUGAGCUCCACCAGAUGAUCCUGACGCCCAUCAAGGCGGUGGCUGGCGGUGACGAUUCCUCCCCCUCCUCCCCCUCCUCGACUGGACAGCGACCCCUGUUGAGCCCCGAGGGGAAGAGCAGCGCCGCGCCAGGCUCCCACCUGGCUCCUGGAGGGGAGGGGGAGACAGGGACCACCCUCAUCCCCGAGGGAGACAUCCCUGGCCAGUUUACCCGUGUCAUGGGAAAAGUUUGCACGCAGCUGCUGGUGUCGAGGCCGGAUGAAGAGAACAUCAGCUCCUACCUGCAGCUCAUUGACAAGUGCCUUUUACACGAGGCAUUCACCGAGACGCAGAAGAAGCGGCUGUUGUCAUGGAAACAGCAGGUGCAGAAGCUGUUCCGAUCAUUUCCCAGGAAAACCCUCUUGGACAUGGCGGGCUACCGGGCACAGAGGAGCAACAGUAGCAGCCGCGGCUUCGGCCAGUCCAACUCUCUCCCCACGGCGGGCUGCGUGGGGGGUGGCAGCUUGUCGACCCGCCGGAGCCUGCGCCAGUUCCAGAUGCCCUCGCGGAGCCUCCCUGGUGCGAGGCUGGGCCUGCUGGGUACCACCAGCCUCCUGGGCCCCACGCCACGCAGCGCCAGCAGUACCCCAACAGGCCUCAAGCAAGGACGGCAGGGUCUGUGGUUCGCCAACCCUGGGGGUAGUAACAGCAUGCCCAGCCGGACCCACAGCUCAGUGCAGAGGACCCGUUCCCUUCCGGUUCACACCACGCCACACACCAUGGUCAUGUUCCAGCAGGCUGAUCUCCAAGUGCCAGUGACCGAACCAGACAUCAACAACCGACUGGAGUCUCUGUGCCUGAGUAUGACAGAGCAUGCCCUGGGAGAUGGAGUCGACCGCACAUCCACCAUCUGAGAGGAGGACUUUAAAGGAGAGCCCCGGAGGUAGAGCUGGUCCCAGGAGGCUCGCCGCGCAACUCAGUCUUUCCCUCUCCACCACCACCUCCACCCACACACACACCACCCUGCCCACCAGGGGCCACUACAGCCAAUGGGAGAGGUCAACUAGAGGUGAGGGGCGGAGCCACGCCAUGACGAGCCAAUCCUCGUUAUUAAAACGGCUGAUAAGCGGCUAACAUAGCAGCACAUCGGCACGUUGCCAUCACAACAAUAACACGGCUAGCCCCCAGAACAACUCAGACGUACCUGGGCUUUACUGACGGACAACAAUGGCAGUAAAGAUUCCUUCAACACAGUGUUGCUCCCAGCAGACCUACCCACAAGAGUGCCUGAAGACUGCCCUCUGCUGGGCUGGAGGAGGUAUAGCAACACUGGGAUCAGCAUCAACCAACAACCGAUUGGCAAACCCUGGGGGCGGUUGACAAGGGGAGUAUGCAUUAUGGGUACUGUAGUACUAUGCUACAGUGUUUAAGACUGUAGCGUCUUCUGUAGAGCCAGCCCCCGCAGUCCCAAUUACUGACCAGUAAAACCGUUCCCACAGCAGUCCGAAUUUCUACCGGUCAUAGCUUUUAUGACAUGUCACUGAGCCAAAAGACAAGACAAAAAAAAACAGACAAACUGGGACACAUUGAGAGAAACCUUAGCUUUGCUUCCACAGUUUGGUCAGGUUUUAGGGAGGACGAUUUUCAAAUGGCUAUAAUCUGUAUAGGUGGAAGGGGGAGCAUUUAUACACGUAUGUAUUGUUUACAUAAGCCUCUACUAUCAAGGGUACCCGAACAUUUGUACAUUUCAGGUAUGACUUCAUCACUUUUAUUUGACUUUCUAUUUUGGGUGGGGGGGGGUUGCUUUUAUGGACUUAGGUCUCAUAGUCGCUAUCAUGAAACUUUAUAACAGACUUAUUUCAUUGUUUGCUUUUUUUUUUUUCUUUUGAUCACCAGUGUGAAAAUGAAACACUAAUAACGGAAGGGGGUGGCAGAAAUGUGCAGAAGGAAAAGGAGAGGUAAAACAAAAGGAGGGAAGUGUAGAGAGAGGACGGUCUGUGUCAAGUGAUUUGGAAGGAGAAGAGGAUGUUAGUAGUGACUGAUUCAUGUCAGAGGCAGGGACUUUGAUUUGAAACACUGCAAAAGGAAAUGCUAUGGUGUGGAGUUCUGGUGAAUUGAUGUUAUGGACAGGCCAAGGGUGUCUUGCUUUUACAUCAUCUUUGCAAAAAACUGUUCAUCUUUGUAACUUUCAGACUAAUGCAUUGAAAGCGCUGUUUAUUGACUGGAUGUAGACAAAGGUCCUGAAGCAGGUGCACAGUGUUUUGUAAUCUAGCCUCUAAUGCUAGUCGUUGUCGGUGAGGAACAUUUUCGGUUGGUCUGGUUUUUAAACAGAAUGAUUUAGGAUUAAGUGUGUGCUUGCAGUCCAGGGUUUUUGCUAAAGCGUUGCGUGUUCUAUGCUAUCUAUACCCAUCUGUCUACGACACAGGAGACGGUCAAAGUACUGAUCCGAGGAGAAAUGGGAGGACACUAACCAAUGACAAACGCAGAGGACUGGAGAAUCAAAACAUCACGCUAGUGCAUUUGAACCAGGAGGCUGCUAAGUUUUCCUUUCACUCAAGCAGCAUGGCAAUGUCAGUCCAUGAAGGGUUUAAAGUGAGCUUUACUCCCCGAGAUUGUUAACUUUUUAGUACUUGCCUCCACCUGGUGGUCAAAAGCAGUUAGAUACAGCCAGGCACUUAGAUCUGUUGAUUUGAAUUGGAACUAGGUGUUUUGUACUUUUAGUUACUUUAAUUUUCUUUGUCUUAAUAUGUGUCCUUGGUUCAGUUUUGUCUGCAUGACAAACUAUAAUGUUAGGUUGUUGUUAAAAUAAGCUCUUUAAAGCUGAGCUGGAACAGCUUGGCUGCGUUGUUACUAGCCACUGCAUCACUGUCAGUAGUUGGUUUUAUGCAUGAAAGGUCAUGCUGAUGUUUUGAGCCUGACUGGGCAUCCUGGUUGGUGUUUCCCAAGUUUGAAUAUGUUUAGAGUGAUGGAAAAAAAGGUGUUUCGUAAGGUUUAUUGCGAUCAUUUUUCUUUGCUUCCUUUUAGUUUGUUUUUCAUUCUUAAGUGUUUUGCUUUUUCAUGCUCUGCCCUCAGUGCCAUGAUUUUCGCUACAGAUUAUCCAUCAGUAACAAUGCCAAGUAGAAAUGCCAAGUAUGUGCAAUAGGUUUGCGACAGAGGGGAGAAUGAGAGGUUCAGAAGAGACUUACUACAGAGGCAAACUCCAGUAGAAAGACAAAGCCAGCUUCGUGCCAAACACCCAGCCCACCCCACCCCCCAAAAAAAGCCCACUCCCCAAGUGUGCAUUGAACUGAAGCUCUCAGACUGAACCAUCUUGUCAAAAGGUGUGGAUGACCCCUGUCAACCAUUUUAUGAUCAAAAUGUCACUGAUGCCUGAAAGCGAUCUUACAGAGCCGGCCAAACAUCACUGCUUCAGGAAGUGGGCUCAGUAAACACACAGCCUUAACCAGGACAGGGACAGGAAAAUUACAUAAAGCAUGGACUGGCUUGGACCCUUUAGUGGCAUGGCUUGGGAAAUCUUACGUGGCAACAUAGUAUGUAUUGUCACACUGAUGCUGCAAUACAUGGUAGGCAGCCACUUGUCACUGCCAUAUGAAUCUAUACUAUUAGCAGAUUGAAAUAAUUAUUUAUUAUUCUUUUUUUCUAUUACUGUUGCAGAGGUGAUUAUUGUAUACAUUUAGAUGUAUUAUUUAAAGUACCAUAUGUAUUAACUUGCUAUGUAUGGCUGGUGACCAUAAGUACAUCUCAAAUAUUAACAUAGUUAUUUUUGUUUUGUUAUUUGUUUUGAAUGACAGUAUAAUCACAAAUGUUUUGUAUUUGAUAGUGGAGGAAAGAGACAUCUAUUGGGGUGUUGUUGGUAUGUGAAUUAUUUUUGAUGCUUUAGAAACGCUUGUAUCUUCCUGGUUGGCCAAUAGGCUGAAGGUGGCUCUUUCUAAAGCUAAGAAGGAGUUGGUUACCCCCUAAAUACUCUUUCAGUCACAAAGUUCACUUCUUGAUUGAGCCACCAGCAAAACAAACUGGAUACGGGGCGACGGCCCUUUGAAACAUUGCCAAAUAGAACAGGCGACAGUAAACCUCAGAAGCUGGAGGUCCAGUGGCCCAGCCCUAAGGGAAUGGUCAGCCAAUGCCGAGCCGACUGCCAGCGCGUGGCUAGCGAUGGCAUCGCGAUGGACGUGGCAACAACUGUAGGUCAGAGGAUAGAGAAUGAGUGGGACGUACAUACACUAACCACUGCCAAUUAGGUUGUGCGCUUAUACUGUGUGUGUCUCAGAGCAAUGGAGCAGAAGUGGUAAACAGAAUGGCAGUAAAACAGUAGUGAAUGUGGUCAUUAUUACUGCAGCUCCGGGAGAAGUAGCCGGACCAGGAGUGGAUCGGACUUUGACUCCUCCGGAAGCUGCUCACCUCGUGUGUCACAAAAAAAGGGUUCAUUUUUUUGAUUUCCAAAGUGCAUCAAAACUAGAGGGCUCUCCCCGCUCUCUGAAAGAGAGAGAUCCACAGACACACUACAGUAUUAACUGUUAGAUGAAAACCUCAAUAUUCCAAAUAUAUUAUUAUUUAAUGUAGUGUAAAUGAAGAUUUGCGCAGUUUCAGUUUAUUUUUAAUUUUUUACUCAAUUUGUAAGACUCUGCACAUAGUCAGAUAUCGCAUCAUUAUUCGAUGGCGAGACAUUCUUUUUUUUUUUUGUAAAUUCGAGAAAGCAUCCAUACUGUAACAAAACGUCUACCGCUUUACUGUGCUAUUUGUUUGUUUUUGUUAUCAGAGCCGAUGUCCUGUAUUGACUGCAGGCUUACAUAUAUAUUUGAAGAAGAAAAAGAAUAUCCUAUGUUUAAGAAAAAAAACUUGAAAAGGCAAAAAAACCAUAAAAAUUAAGAGGGGGUAAAAAAGAAGAAAAAAGUAAUUUAUAUUUUAGAAAUGCAUGCAUGAGGCUGGGAAGUCAUAUUUAGAAUAACAAAUGGCAGUGCCUUUUUUGUACUCGAGACAUUUACCCAAAAUGUAAAUGAUUUUAUAUGGAUUGUAAUAAUAUUACUCAAAGCAACCCAGUUAGAGCUGUGUUGUCAAAAUGGUGGCAUCCUCCGAACUGCCUACGAGUUCCUCUAGGGGAAUUCAAAACUGUUCUUUCUGGUGCCUCGUUGCAGACAAAACAACAUGGAACACUUCUUCUAGCUGGCCUUGUGUUGUCAGUGUAUUUUUUGUUGUUUUUCUGUAGGUACUUUUCAAUGCUGAUAUGAAGUUAUGAAUUAUACCUGUAUGUUCAACAAACAGAUGUAAAUGUUUUUUUUGUGUGUGUGAGCAUGUAUGAGAGGGAGUGUGUGUGCAUCUUGCAACCUUGUAAAAUGUAUUGUAAAAUGUACCAGAAAUGCUGCGACUUGGCAUGACCUGAUCAAACAAAAAACUAUAGGCUGUUGCUUUUCGUCCUUUUGUUUAGUAAUCAGAGGAUGACUGAAUGUGUGGCGUUAUGCAGUGCAAAUGGGAUUGUGUAGUCACUGUGCCUGCCGCUUAGCAACACAUUAGGGCCGACGGUCAGUUCAGAGAACCAUGGUCCACUUUAUAGAUCGAGUCUCUCUGAAGAGCCAUUUAGAACUGGGCCAGUAUGUACAAACAAACCAUACAAGAGUCUAAGUAAUAUUGCUGAUCCAGGAUCUGUUUUGCCUUACAGAUCCUAAUUAAUACAAUUAUACAAGAUACCUUUUAAAUUCAGGCCCUGACACCCAGCCAAAAGCCUGUCUCAGGUUCUGUGUUCCUGUAGCUACUUGCAUUGGGCAAGGGUUUGGGUUUGGCUUGUAAGAGUCGGAUGGUCAUCUGUUCUAAAUGGAUCUUUCGAAGAGUUCCUCUCUAAAUGUAUUUUCAUUUGUCGGUUUUGGGAGUGGUUGCUAUGGAUUCCGAAUGGGAGAGCUACAAGUGAGUGAAAGAUACGUAAUGAGUUGAUUGAAUGUUCUGUGUUGUAGUGUCUGUUCAAAUGCUUGACGUCUUUGUGAUAACCACAGACAAAAAAGGUAUUAAAGAAUAACUUGUAAAAUUG